AUGGUGGUGUUCAACGGGCAGCUGAGGAUCCGGAUCCGCGAGGCGCUGCACCUCAAGCCCACCGCCUGGUCCCUGCGUCACGCCGUCGGCCCCAAGGCGCAGACCUUCCUCCUGGACACGUACAUCGCCCUGAACGUGGACGACUCGCGCGUGGGCCAGACGUGCACGAAGCAGAAGACCAACAGCCCCGCGUGGAACGACGAGUUCACCACGGACUUGCACGACGGGCGCACGGUCGAGCUGUCCGUGUUCCAUGACGCGCCCAUCGGCUACGACGACUUCGUGGCCAACUGCAUCAUCCAGCUGGAGGACAUCCUGCACAACGACAGCAAGCACUUCGAGGACUGGAUCGACCUGGAGCCGGAGGGGAAGGUGUAUGUUAUCAUCGACCUGUUGGGAUCUUCCAGUGAAGUUGCAGCCGACUCCAUCGAGAAUGAGGAGCGUGUGUUCCGGCAGCGGAUGCGUCCCAGGAAGCGUCAGGGAGCCGUCCGCCGCCGGGUCCAUCAGGUCAACGGUCACAAGUUCAUGGCCACCUACCUGAGGCAGCCCACGUACUGCUCCCACUGCAGGGACUUUAUCUGGGGCGUCUUAGGGAAACAAGGAUACCAGUGUCAAGUGUGUACCUGUGUGGUCCAUAAGCGCUGCCAUGAGCUGAUCAUUACCAAGUGUGCUGGGAUGAAGAAGCAGGACGACACAGUUGUGGAGUCAGUCGGGUCUCAGAGGUUCAGUGUCAACGUUCCGCACAAGUUCAGCAUCCACAACUUCAAAGUUCUCACCUUCUGUGAUCACUGUGGCUCUCUGCUCUGGGGUCUGCUGCGACAGGGUCUGCAGUGUAAAGUUUGUAAAGUGAAUGUGCACCGGCGCUGUGAGAGCAACGUGGCUCCGAACUGCGGCGUGGACGCCAGGGGAAUCGCAAAAGUCCUCGCGGACCUCGGGGUCACGCCGGACAAGAUCUCCAACAGCGCACAGAGACGCAAGAAGCCCCCCCAGGGUCAGGACCCCCAGCUGCAGAUUUCAGAGACGCCUCAGGCCGAAGACGACCGCUCAAAGUCCGCCCCCACCUCCCCGUGUGACCAGGAUGGGAAGGAGCUGGAGAACAUCAGAAAGGCUCUGUCGUUCGACCACCGCGGGGACGAGCACAAGAAGCAUCCCCUGUCCUCGCCGUCCUCUGCUGCCACGGUAACGGGGGACAACCACCACCACGCAGCGCCAGAAAGAGGAGGCGAUGGAGGCGGAGCCAAAGUGGAGGGAGGAGGGACCCGGGCGAACGGUGAGGUCAAAGGUCCCAGUGCUCCGGAGGCCAGGAGGAUGAAACUGCAGGACUUUGUGUUCAUCAAGGUUCUGGGGAAAGGAAGCUUCGGCAAGGUGAUGCUGGCGGAGCUGAAAGGCAGCGACGAGGUCUACGCCGUCAAAGUGCUGAAGAAAGACGUGAUCCUGCAGGACGACGACGUGGACUGCACCCUGACGGAGAAACGCAUCCUGGCCCUCGCCAGGAAGCACCCGUACCUGACACAGCUCUUCUGCUGCUUCCAGACUAAAGACCGUUUGUUCUUCGUGAUGGAGUACGUGAACGGAGGCGACCUGAUGUUUCAGAUCCAACGAUCGAGGAAGUUCGACGAGGCGCGUUCCCGAUUCUACGCCGCCGAGGUCACGUCCGCCCUGAUGUUCCUGCACCAGCAUGGAGUCAUUUACAGAGACUUGAAGUUGGACAACAUACUACUGGACGCGGAGGGUCACUGUAAACUGGCAGACUUCGGGAUGUGCAAAGAGGGAAUCCUCGACGGAGUCACCACCACCACCUUCUGCGGGACGCCAGACUACAUCGCACCUGAGAUCCUCCAGGAGCUGGACUACGGCCCCUCAGUGGACUGGUGGGCUCUGGGCGUGCUCAUGUACGAGAUGAUGGCGGGCCAGCCGCCGUUUGAAGCCGACAACGAAGACGACCUGUUUGAGUCGAUCCUCCACGAUGACGUCCUCUACCCCGUCUGGCUCAGCAAGGAGGCCGUGUCCAUUCUCAGAGCGUUCAUGACGAAGAGUCCUAGCAAGCGUCUGGGCUGCGUGGCGUCUCAGGGUCUGGAGGACGCCAUUAAGCUCCACGCGUUCUUCAGAGAGAUCGACUGGACGCUGCUGGAGCAGAGGAAACUCAGACCGCCGUUCAAACCACGCAUUAAAACCAAAAGGGACGUGAACAACUUUGACCAGGACUUCACUCGUGAAGAACCCGUCCUGACGCCGGUGGAGGACAACAUCAUCAAGCAGAUCAACCAAGACGAGUUCAAAGGUUUCUCCUACUUCGGAGACGAGACUGUGGCUUAGACCCACGUGUGUAUACGGUUAACUUCAUGCAUACACAUAAGAAAAAAACCUUCAAGCAAAGACACAUUAUUUAAAGAAACGUGGCCUCCGGAAUGAGACCUCCUGAACUUUUCCAGAUUCUGACCUCUCCAGGAAUUAUACUCGACCCCCCCGUGUCGCUCAUCAUGGUUUCUGUGCUCUUGUUGUUUGUCCGUUUGUGCAUUUUCAGUCAAACUGUUUUGACUGAGCUGCAUGCGAGUGCGGUUCAGACGCUGUAAGAAACGCACCCAGUGACCCCAGGAGUACGUUUCAGCAUUUCUCUGAACGAAAGCUGCGCUGCAAACCAAAGCCUGCGCCGCGUUUUCCGUGUUUUGAAGGAGUUGAGAGUUAGUGUGCGUGAGAGAGAAGGUCAUGUGUGUACACGAGUGCAUGCGUGUGUAGUUUCACACAUCUCGAAAGAGAAAGGCUGUCAUGUCCGUACACGCUGUGCUGUUUCCUGUGUCUAUCUGUGUUUUAAAGAAUGUUUUUUCUUCCCUAAACUUGUAUGUGAAUGAAAAAACAAUUGAACUAAUGAUUGUAUUUAAAGAAAAACAGUAUGUUACUCAUAAGAAAAAGAGACGUCACAGGGAGGCGCAAGAAAUCAAAGACUUUUCUGACGAGAUCAUGAGGAAAUAAGAGCUUUAUUUUUAAUUUAAGUGAAAACUGGCAAAUUAGACGGGAAGUUAAGAAGAUGCACCGAGACAGCAACACUUUGGCUUUUUGAAAUUUACUUUAGUUUCAUCUCAGCAGUUAUUUUCCCACUGUAGAGAGAAGGUGGGGCUGUUUUUAGCUCGUUAGCAUCGAUGGUCCCAUUAGAAAAGAAAUGGUUCCAUUAACCGCCUGCGUGUGUGUUUGAGUGUGUGUGUGUGUGUGUGUGUGUGUGUGUGUGUGUGUAGUAGCUGUGCACUGGACCUACAGUCUCCAACAUCACAAACCAAUCUCCCAUGAUUCCACUUUAAAGUUGUGGGUCAAACACAGUGGUGAAUGUGUGAUAACUGAAUGUAUUCACUCUGCAGUGUGUGUGUGUAUGUGUGUGUGUGUGUGUGUGUGUGUGUGUGUGUGUGUGUGUGUGUCUACAUACUGUACGUUUUGAGCUCAUGUGUUACUUUUUUAUCCUUGUGUUGUUUUGACUAGAUCCUCUGAUGUUUCCAGACUCCUUCAGAUUUCACCCUCUGACCCUCUUUCUCCAUUUCUCUGUACGACCUGUCCGUGACUUUCACUGUGAACUCAACAGAAUCCAAACAUCUUCAUGAAAAGUCCAUGUGCAAUAUUUGUUAUUUUAUUUUAUUCUUUGUUUAUUUGUUUCUUCCUCUUUCCUCAUCUCCUCCACAGACAUGUUCAGGUACAAAGUUGACAAACGGCUCAUAGGAAGAAUAAUUAUUACACACAUACACACACCAGUAUGAACAGCAGAAUAAAGACCAACUAGCACAACAUUUCAUUCCUCUUCUCUUCCUUGUCAUUUCAUGUCAAUGUAAUAUAAAACCUCUCAAACCGAUCUUUACACUCUGAGCCCGAACAGGACGUCCUCUCCCAGACGUCCUCCCUCACUCCCGCUGACAAUCCCUUUAGUUUGAAUGUUUAACUCCAACCUGCUUCAUGUAGGAAGCUGGUUUUUCUGGUCUCUCUCUCUCUCUCUCCAGUGAUGAGUGAAAGAUGUUGGAUGACAUGUGACUGACAGUAUUAUGAUUUUAACUGACACUUCUUCUUCCUCGGGUCGGAUGAUGCAGGAUCUUUUUUGGGGUUUUGUUUUUCCGGACCCUGUUUUUGUGAAGCUUAUUUUGUACAUUUUGUUUUUCUGUGGUUUUGUUCCUGUAUGAAUCAUUUCCACGACUUACAUGUGUGUUUGUGUUUUGUUUUUUUUGCGCUGUGUGCCAAAUGUACUGUACUUUAAAAGGAUGUGAAGGUGUAUUGUUUUAGUUUCUUGAAAUGAAUUAAAUAUCAUGAUGGCAGAAAGAAAA